AUAGGCGGUAUGUUCCGUUCCGUUCGUCCGAUAGCAGACGACACAUAAUGAUUGACAGCAGAUAUCACGUCACAAUUGACGCCAUGGCGUUCGGCACGGUUCAAAUUGACGAAUCGUAUUUGGCUCGGUGGAACGAACGGCCUCCGUUCUAUUUUGGAGCGCGUACAAGAUCGCACCCUAGCUCUCCGUCAGAUAACUGCUUCAACGUUAAAAUAUCUCGACUGCCGAGUCGGAGCGCAGGAGAGCAUCGUACGGAGUAAGCCCAUGUAGUUCUGUACCUGCACAAGUUUCACCACCGCAAAAGCCGUCAAUGAAGUCAUAUCCAGCACGUGAAUACAAGGACAUCACAUAUUAGCCACUUCAUCCUUUCAUCGAAUUUCUACCUAGCGCAUCGCAGCUGCGGUGUGCACCAGGUAGUGGACCCAUGGCGCUGGCUUUGGACUCCUUGAAGAGCGACCCAUCGUUCGGGCUGGACUCGAGACGCAGCUGGGUGACGGCGGUAUUUCUGAGCAUAUCCUUGACCAUGGUGAAGACUGCUCAGCAUUCGGUGGGUGUGCUCUUCUAUGGCAUCGUACACACAUACGGUGUGAGAAGGCAGGAAGCGUCGUGGCCACUUGUGCUGACCAACAGUCUGGCUUUCUUGGCAGGUCCAGUCAUGGGGUAUCUCUGCGGCCGAUGCUCAUGUCAGCUCGUCUUGCUCGUGUCGACCUUAAUAGCAGGCGCUUCAGUCUGCGCUUGUUUUUUCGCUGACAGCAUAUUCGCUUUAAAUAUCCUGUUCGGAAUUGUCCACGGAACAGCGGUUUGUGGCGUUCACGUGGCCGUUACCGUCAUCGUGUCCCAGCACUUCGAGAAACGCCGUGCAACAGCGUGCAGCGUAAUCUACACGGCCAUGUGCAUCAACAGCGCUUACUUGCCCCCCUUGACUGAGCUCCUUCGAGUAAAUUAUGGGGUUCGUGGCACCUUCCUUUUAAUCGGUGGCAUGGUUCUAAACGGAUUUCCUCCGGUUCUCGCCGUCCAAAGUCCCGAGUGGACAAAACCGAAACAGCGUUCACUCAGCGAAACGGUGCACAGUCCUGUCAAGGACAAUGAGAAGAUUCCGAAUAAUCAUCUCCUGCCAGCAGGUGACACGCGGAAUGGGUGCGUUCCCGGUGACGCCGAAAUUCCGAACGGCACAGCGCACCAAACAAUGUUCGCUGAAGUAUCACUCCGUCAGAACGAUGACUCCGGCCUCAAGACCGUCCCAUUGCUCUCGUCAGAUGAGAAAUCAGUGGACAAGGACAACGCAGCCAAGUCAAGUUUUUCUCUGAUUGUUAGACAAUUCGCCAGCGUGCCUUUCGCCGUGAGUGCGAUAUCCUUCGCUGUCAUCGCGCUAGGAAUGUCGACAUUUAUGUUACUUUCUGUGGACAUUGCCGUGGACCGAGGGAUCCCUUCAUCCAGCGGUGUCUUUCUCCUGAACGCCUUCGCAGUGACAGACAUUGUGGCGAGGCCGUUAAGUGGCCUGAUAAUCGACUCUGGUUUUUUAUCAUUAGAGAGCGUUAUGCUAAUCGGAUUCAUUCUCCAAUUCUUGGCGCUAGAACUCUUCGUGUGGUUAGAGCAUUUCCCGCUUAUGCUGGCUUCCUCUGCGCUAUUUGGUGUCAGUAACGGACUGAGGAUCACUCUGCUCGCGCCUUUUAUCGUUAAAGAAUUUGGAAUGGACCAAAUGGCACACUUGUUUGGUGGCGUGUCCUUCUGUAGUGGCCUCGUCCUGCUCACAAGACCAUUUCUUGUUGGUUACUGGAGGGACCACCUGGGUUCCUACGAUGGCCUUCUUCAUUUUGUGGCCAUAGUAAACGCUGUCGUUGCGGUCAUGUGGAUGGCGAAGCUUUAUGUGCGGAGACGGCAACAACGGCUCAUAUAGUAAAAUAAAAACUUGUAUUUAUA